AUGGCAUUCUCAGUGAUGUUUAUGGCUCUAUUGGCUUUAGCCGCAGCAGCACCAGUAGUUGAUGAAUCUCGUCGGACACUGCCAGCUUUGGAUCAUGAGGAGAUCCAUGAUGAGUAUGGUCAGUUUGCCUUACGGUAUGUGACGGCUGAAGGAACCGUGGUAUCGGAACGCGGUCGGCUCGUACCAAACCUUGACGGCACUGGCUACGUCAUGGUUAUCGAAGGAGAAGUCUCAUACAUUGGUGACGAUGGCAAGAUAUACGCCACUAAGUACUCUGCAGGUCUCGAUGGUACCCACGUCGAAGGAAACCACCUCCCAGUCCCGGUAACAGCAGAACCAGUCCCCGAACCCAUAGUCACAGAAGAACCAGUUAUUGUUGAACGACCUAUCGUUGGAGGUGUUGCUGAACCUUAUAAGUAUUAA